AUGACAAUAAUUACAGAAUUCAUCACAGGAGAAAACUCAUUCCAGAAUGUUACGAAUGUUACAAUUGUUUUCUAUGGAAUGCAUGAUAUAAGAACACCAUCUACAAGAGAAAACUUCAGAGGUGUUCCUGGAUCAGUUUAUGUUCCAUGUUGCUACAAAUCACCUAGGUUUGUUAAAGUUAGACCAUUUAAUAUGACAUCUUGUGAUGGUCUGUUCAAUUGCUUUUCUUAUAACAAAGCUUCAAGUUCUGUUAGAUAUUCUGCACUUGCUGCUAUGUAUUUCGCUAGAACAGAUGAUGAUUGA